UCACCGCAAGUGGGUUGAACUCCUCCCCGUCUGCAACCGGCUCGACCAGCCGACUGACUCGUUCAUGUCGAUCUAUUGAUUACACCUCAACUAAUUUGGCUUCAGCCACAGAAUAAACUUUCUCUCUGCUUGGAUUGCUUCACUUUAGUCGACUUUAAAAUGAAAUCUGGCACUUUUAAAACAAGCUGCUCUCUCCCGGGCGAACUUUUCCUGAACUUUUCAUGAAACUGAACAGAAACGGUUUGAGGAAACCGGACGAGAAGGACACAUUAUGGCAAUAUGUGGCAGACGGAGUCGCUCCAAGUUUAUCCUGUACAUUGUCGGGGCUUUUGUUGUGGGCUAUUUAGUAUUUCACAGGAACACGCAGAGUGAUGUCGGACUGGCGAAAAUAAGAGAAGCGCCAGACGAGCACAAAAAUGUGGACGAGCAGUUUCUGAAGAGACCUGUUUACGAGAAGCCUGCUUUAGAUGUAAACGCGCUGGGAGAGAUGGGCAGAGCUGUUAAACUGGACUUGAGUGGGGAAGAGAAGCGAGAGGAAGAGGAGAGCAUCAAAAAACAUCAGAUAAACACUUAUGUGAGCGAUAGGAUCUCUUUACACCGCAGACUGGCUGAAAGAUGGAACCCUCUUUGUAGAAAUCUGAAAUAUGACUACCUGAGCCUGCCUACUACAUCAGUAGUGAUUGCAUUCUACAAUGAAGCCUGGUCCACGCUAUUGAGGACCGUGCAUAGUGUACUGGAGACCUCGCCUGACCUGCUGCUGAAUGAAAUCAUACUGGUGGAUGACUACAGUGACCGAGAACACUUAAAGGAGCCUCUAGAGAAUUACAUCGCCGAUCUGAAAAAGGUUCGUCUGAUCCGAGCGAGGAAGAGAGAGGGUCUGGUGCGAGCGCGGCUUUUGGGGGCUUCCAUCGCCACGGGGGAAGUGCUGACCUUCCUCGAUUGCCACUGCGAGUGCCAUGAAGGCUGGCUGGAGCCUUUACUCCAAAGAAUAAAGGAGGAGCCCUCAGCUGUGGUCUGUCCAGUCAUUGACGUCAUAGACUGGAACACCUUCCAGUACCUGGGCAACCCAGGAGAACCUCAGAUUGGAGGAUUUGACUGGCGAUUGGUGUUUACGUGGCACUCUAUUCCAGAACAUGAGCAGAAACGCAGAAGUGCCGCCACUGAUGUUGUCAGGUCUCCAACAAUGGCUGGGGGUUUGUUUGCCGUCAACAAGAAGUACUUCCUUUAUCUGGGCACAUAUGACACAGGAAUGGAGGUCUGGGGGGGAGAGAACCUGGAGUUUUCAUUUAGGAUCUGGCAGUGUGGAGGAAGCCUGGAAAUCCAUCCUUGCUCUCACGUGGGUCAUGUGUUUCCGAAGAAAGCACCAUACUCGAGAAACAAGGCCUUGGCCAACAGUGUGCGAGCGGCAGAAGUCUGGAUGGAUGAUUUCAAAGAGGUGUAUUACCACCGCAGCCCUCACGCACGUCUGGAAGCCUAUGGAGAUGUAACAGACAGACGGAAACUCAGAAUGCGACUUCGCUGCAAAGAUUUUAGAUGGUUCUUGGAUAACAUCUACCCUGAUAUUCAAGUGCCUGAAGACAAGCCUGGAAUGUUUGGCAUGUUGAAGAAUAAAGGAAUGACCAACUACUGCUUUGACUACAACCCGCCUGAUGAACAUAAGAUAGCCGGUCACCGGGUAAUCCUUUACCCGUGUCAUGGCAUGGGACAAAACCAGUUCUUUGAGUACUCCACACUCCAGGAGAUCCGCUACAACACGAGGGAUCCUGCAGGCUGUGUCGUAGCUGAUCCCGUCUCCACAUUCCUCACCAUGAAUCUCUGUAGUAAACCCAGAGAAGCUGUGCCUGAAGACCAGAAGUUUCUUUUCAGAGAGGACGGCACUUUAUACCACGUUCAGACGCAGAAGUGUGUUGAAGCAGUGGAUCGGACUGACUCCGGGAGUCCUGGACCUGCUCUUCGGCCCUGCUCAGACUCUGAUGCUCAGAAGUGGUUCUUUGAAGAGAGAACAUAGCAGAGGUUCUCACUACACCCUUCACCCGCACUACUGUCAAAGGGCAUUUUAUAUUAGCUGCUCUGACUACACACCAUUCCACUUCCUCCUCCUCCUCGUCCUUUUAGGAUUAAUAGUGCCUUCCUGUUACACUGAGUGCAGCUUACAGGCCAUAUCUGUUCAGAUCAGACAAAUAUGACUUAUUUUUGUGAAUUAUUAACUAAUGGAUUUGUUUAGAAUUAUAAUACCAGAGGAGAAUUAUCAGUUUUGUGCCAUUGGUGGUGGAGUUUUGGAUUUAUGAGGAAAGUAAGGGAAGUGCCCAACAAAACUUAGCAAGUUUUAAUUUUUAAAGAAAUAAAUAAGCUUAUGAAGCAAGAGUUGUUUAAAGUGAUUAAAAGUGACAUUUGUAAUAUAAAACACUUCUAUUUUAGGAGUAUUCUGUUCAUAAAAUAAUUAUGAAAAUGUGUCAGUUUUCUCAAAAACAUGAUCAAGGUUAAUAAUAAUGAGUAAGAUUUCUUGAGCACCUGAUAUUAUACAUAUUAGAAUGAUUUCCGAAGAAUCUAUGAAAAAUACUAUGGAAAAGCUAUGGAAAAUAUUAAAAGAUUGACCAAUUUCAAAGAUUUAUAAUAAGUUUUUUGUUUGAAUAAAGUACUGAUGUAAUUUCUUCUAAAUCUAAAUAUAUUUAUUAUAUGUCAUGUUUUAUAUAACAAUAUUGAUACCAAAAUCAAAGUUUUAACUUCAUUAGAGUAAAAAAAAUGAUAUUUGGUGGAAUAAAAUUUAUUAAAAGUGACAUUUGCAUUAUAAAAUAUUUCCUCUCAAGAAGAUUGUUCAUAAAAUAAUCAUAAAAAUGUGUCAGUUUUCACAAAAACAUGAUCAACAUUAAAAAUAAUAAGAAAUAUUUCUUGCGCACCUCAUAUUAUACAUAUAACAAUGAUUUCUGAAGAAUCUUCUUUUAAAGAAAAAAAUCUGCUUUCCAUGACCGUAAUUAUUGCCUUUUUAAGAUACUAUGGAAAAUAUUCAACUUUGCCAUCACUGGAAUAAUUAGCGUUUUAAAAUACAGUAAAUAUUAAAAGAUUUACCAAUUUCAAAGAUUUACAGAUUUUGUGUUUGAAAAAAGCUUCUACUGAUGUAAUUUCUUCUAAAUCUAAAUAUAUUGUAUGUCAUAUUUUAUAUACAUUAUUUGACAACACAAUAUCAAAGUUUUAACUUCACAAUAGUUAUUUGGUGUUAUUGAUAUUGAUAUUUGGUGGAAUAACCAUGAUUUAAAUUACAAGUGAAAACAUUUGUUAUUCUGACCAAUUAUCUGGGUGGAAAAAGCUCGAAAUUACAAUAUUUUUAUAUAAUUAAUAUAGCCAAAUUUUCAUAGUUUAAAACAAACUUUCACAUUUUACUCAAACACAUGACUUGUAAAUCCAGUACAGUCUUUUCAUUUGAUCUAGAUCUAUAAAUUCAGACAGAAAACAGCUAUUUAAAUUUGUAAUACCC